AUGCCUCAUAUCGUUAUUUCAAAUGGUGACAGAGUACAUCCAACGGUUACGGAGGCGGAUCUUGAGGAUGCAUUGCAGUUUGCUGGCACUGGCAAGUACCAACUCUUCCACUGCUUAAUCAUGCUGUCAACUCUCGUAGGAGCCAUCUUAGAAAUGAUCGGUAUAGCCUUCAUACUGCCUGCAGCGGCCUGUGACCUUAAUGUACCAGAUGGUCUCAGGGGGAUUCUCACUUCUCUACCAAAUAUUGGAAUUAUUCUGACUGCUCCAUGCUGGGGUAGGGCGGCAGAUCACUUAGGCAGAAAACCUGUACUUCUGGGCUCGUUAGUUGUGGCCGGGACAAUGGCGUUCAUUGCCUCGUUUAUGCCUAACCUCAUUAGCUUCGCAAUCUUCAAAUUUGCUUGCUCUCUAUUUCUAUCUUGCCCCUCCUCUCUUGGCUACGCUUACGUUUCAGAGAUGUUGCCACAAAAACGACGUGACAUUGCCGUGCUCAUCAUCAACGGACUUGUCAACGUAAUGACAGUCUUCAGUCCUGGUCUAGCAUGGUUGUUGCUGUCUUACAACUGGCGCUACGCCUGGGGUCUCAUAGACAUGCGACCCUGGCGGCUCCUUACCGCCGUCUACUCACUUCCUCUUCUGAUCUCUGCACUCCUCGUACUUUCUGUUGACGAAAGCCCCAAGUUUUUAAUGACGAGGGGUAAAAAAACUGAAGCCUUGGAGGUUUUAAAGAAAAUUUAUAAAGUGAACACUGGAAAGUCUGAAAAUACAUUUUGUGUAAAAUCUUUAAAGUCACCAAUCGAAAAGUCGAAACUGGAGCUCACUGGUUCAAGGUGCGCGCUCACGACGAAGGCGCCGAGCGUCUCGGCGAUGGCGCUGCUGCGAGCGCCGCACUUGAAGUGGUUUGCGCUCACCGGCUUUCUAAUGUUUGGAUUAUUUUCUUUUCUUAACGGUCUCUUCUUAUUCGCUCCCGACACCAUUAACAAAGUGAUGAACAACCCGACUAGUUCCGGCACCGUGUGUCAACUCAUGGUUGAGAAUAGCAAUUCUACAUCCACUCCACAAUGCAUGGAUGAAAUGUCUUACCAAACAUUUUACAUUAUGGUGGUCACCACUCUGGUGUAUGGUGUGUUGGUAACCCUCGCCAGCGUCAGUCCACUCUCGAAGAAGACAUUAUUGGUGUCUAUGUUCAUCCUUGUGGGUAUUGGGUGUCUUAUCGCAGGGCUAUCAACCAACAGGAUAAUUGCUGGUAUAGCACUAUCUUCACUGCAGAUUACAGCACUCGGAAUCGGACCUCUUACUGCCUAUGUUGUGCAUCUCUUUCCCACCACACUGAGGGGCACUGCAGUGGGAGCAGUCCUGAUGUUCGGCCGUUUGGGGUCCGUGGUCGGAGCAAACGUCGCGGGGAUGUCCCUUAGUUCCGCUUGCAUGGCCACAUUUUAUGUCUUUGCCCUUCUAGUCUUUUUAUGCGCUGCUCUUAGUUUGCUGCUACCCCCGGACCACGCGACAAAGACAGAUCCUUCCACAGCAGAGAGCUGA